UUUUGCAAUCUGUCGUCGCGUUCGUGCAUCAACCCAAAGUGUAAUUCGCCUUUGAACAGAUGUCCGCAGGUGGCUCUGGUGCGAUUUAAUUUCAACAUGGCUGCCACUUUCGAGAUUAAUGGAUGAGAUUAAAGACUGAACAAAAUCGCAAUCGUGUUUUGCAUCACUCUCGUAUUAUGAGGUAUCAUUAGCGCUCCCCAGCCAUGAGUACCUCAUAAUUCGGCCUCCUUUUACACCGUCAUCUUGAAUUAUGGAUGGCGCUGAAAGGGGUCACUCCGAGGACUUAUGGUGGGACUGCUGCGGAAACUCUUCUAGCCAAGUGCACACAACUGCCACCGACUCUCCACCUCUCGGCACCGACUCUGGUUCGCCGACCUUAGCCGACGAAGAGGUGGACGAUGUGCUGAACCAGCAGCCCGUCGAGGACAUCCUUUCCAACAAACUUGCCUUGUACAGCAGCUCUGAGGAGUCAGAGGAGGCCAUCGAGGACAUGGGCAGCUCGCAGUCCAAAGAAGAGUCCGUGGCCGCCGUCGAGGAUGUCAUCGACAGUCCUGGUGACGAGUCCCCCGAAGAGGCCAAAACCAGGUGGCAGUUGUCGCCACCCACUCUGGUCAGCGACCCCAACGACCCCACCCCAUCUACCUCAUCCGAGACAGCGGUUUCGGACACUGUGGGGGACGAGGGCCCCAAGGACCCUGAGGAGCUGACUCCGUGGAAUAGCCAGGAGAUUUCCUCGCGGAAGAGAAAGCUAAACAAUUUGGAGACUGAAGCAGAAUGUAGUGAUAAAUUCCCUCGGAAGCGUGGCCCGGGGAGUGACUCUUUCGAGGACAGCAGUACCGACGAAGGAGAAUCAGAGACGGCUCUUGAAUGCAAGCGUCUGAGGAAGCCAUACCAAUUGGGCAAACCGUGGAGUCGCAAGAUCGGCGUGUUCACCACUCCCCAACCGCUGAAGCUGCGAAAGUGGAUGGAAACUUACAAAAACUGGAGCAGCGAUGAGCGCCGUGUGGCCAUCGAUGCUCUCAUCGGCGAGUGUUAUUUAGAAGACGCUCUUUACAUGAUGAACAAGAUCGAGCCUCACCUCCAGCGGGACUUUAUUUUCCUCCUCCCCAAAGAGUUGGCUUUACACGUACUUAGCUUUUUACAACCAGUGGACCUGCUAAGAGCCGCACAGACCUGUCGGUACUGGCGAAUCUUGACUGAGGACAAUUUGUUGUGGCGCGGGAAAUGCAAGGCAGCUGGAAUUGAUUCCCCUUGGACGCCACCCAGCUCGAGGAAAGAGUACACAACCUCCAGCAGGCUUUCACAAUUUUCAUCCCUCUCUAGCGGGGCGGGCUCGAGUUCCGAGAACCCCAGAUUUAGUCCCUCAGCCAGUACUUCCUAUAGCACAAUAACUCAGCCCCCGUCAUCACCGUGGAAAUCUGCUUAUCUUCGACAACAUUGCAUUGAGAUGAAUUGGCGUAGCAAACCGAUUCGUCAACCUAAAGUGCUCAAAGGUCACGAUGACCAUGUCAUAACUUGCCUGCAAUUUUCUGAUAAUAAAAUACUCAGCGGAUCUGAUGAUAAUACACUGAGAGUUUGGUCUGCGACCACAGGAAAGUGUCUUCGUGUAUUGGUAGGCCACAUAGGAGGUGUUUGGUCAUCCCAAAUGUCUGGUUCGACCAUCAUCAGUGGCAGCACGGACCGCACUCUAAAGGUCUGGAAUGCAGAAUCUGGCCAGUGCUUGCACACUUUGUAUGGGCAUACGUCGACGGUCAGGUGCAUGCAUUUGCACGGAAAGAAAGUGGUCAGUGGUUCUCGGGACGCAACGCUGCGUGUUUGGAACAUCGAAUCAGGCUCCUGCCUACACGUCCUUGUCGGACACUUGGCAGCCGUUCGCUGUGUCCAGUACGACGGCAAGCUGGUGGUCAGCGGCGCCUACGACUACAUGGUCAAGGUGUGGAACCCCGAGCGUGAGGAGUGUCUGCACACCCUGCAGGGUCACACGAACCGCGUCUACUCGCUGCAGUUUGACGGCAAGCACGUGGUCAGCGGCUCUCUGGACACCAGUAUUCGGGUGUGGGACGUCAAGACGGGCACACUGCGGCACACCCUCAUGGGCCACCAGUCGCUCACCUCCGGCAUGGAGCUGCGGAAUCGGAUCCUGGUGUCCGGAAAUGCAGACUCUACCGUCAAAGUGUGGGACAUUGUGACCGGCCGAUGUUUGCAGACUCUCUCAGGGCCCAACAAGCACCAGUCUGCUGUCACCUGCCUCCAGUUCAAUAGCAAGUUUGUCAUUACUUCCUCAGACGAUGGCACAGUCAAGCUGUGGGAUGUGAAAACUGGCGAAUUUAUUAGGAACCUGAUUGCCCUGGACAGUGGUGGUUCGGGAGGAGUUGUUUGGCGCAUUCGGGCCACAGACACAACUCUGGUUUGUGCGGUUGGAAGCCGAAACGGCACAGAAGAGACCAAACUGCUGGUCCUCAACUUCGACGUCAAUACCGAAGAUGAGUACACCCAGACAGUGGCAGUGUGCACCUCCCCCUCGCUGUUCGAGGACGAAGACCUUCAUACCUCUUAGCAAUUUGGCCAAUGGAAGAAGAACAUAUUCACAUAGAACUCUGAGGAAUUGUGGAUGCAAACAAUGUGAUACAUUUCAUGUGAAUCAUGUAUUAAUAUACGGAUUACUGCUGCUGGGCUACGAUUUAAUUUGAUGAUUUUUUUCUCUUAAUUUUAUUAAAUUUGCUGAGGCAUGGAUCACUACUUCCAUCCUCUGCAAAAGAUAAGUUGCCAGUUUUAUUUCCGAUUUUUCUGUUGAAAAAGAUGAUGCAGAUCUGCCUUUGAGAGCAGAAUUUUUGAGACUUGGUUGUCUUGCUAAGCUUGGUCAGUGACACUCUGCGAUUUCGGAAAUAUAUUCUCUUCUUGUAUAAGCUUUUUAUUUAUGAACUAGCUUCGCUCAAAACUUGAUUUGUUUAUUGAAAAAAAUCGUUGCAUUUUUGUUGAGACAUCUGUCAUGGAACGAAUGCGUGUCUUUCAGUUUAUUUAUUCACAAAUUCUCAUCAUUUUUAUCAUUUAUAUAUGUAUUUCAUUGCGAAUCAUGAGAAGAUCGAAGUACAACCUAGCGUGUAAUUUAAUAGGGUAUCAAGACGUGUUCAACUUGGUCAACAUGCAGCUAUUCAAUUUUGAUAUUUGUUUCAAACAAUUAUUGUAAUCAUGAACGCAAUCCGUUUAAACCACUAUGAUGCUAUCAUUUUCUCCUCUGUGUUUUCACCAACAUGCUGUGAUGUAGUUUUGAUUUUGUUUGUCAGAAUGAAAAUGAUUUGAUCAUAAAAAUAAUGUUUCUCUCACUAAAGAAAAAAAAUAUCUGAAAAUGUAUUGCUUUUUGGCCCAUAUUCUCAUAGGACUUUUGUGCUUCGCAAUUCAGGUGCGUACUUGUUUUCGAAAGAAUGGAAUCACAGCCUUUGAAAUUCCAGCUUCCUUCAUAUUUUUGUGGUAUUCAAGUUUGGUUGCUUGGCUUAGGAAGGAAUAUUGGAAGGUUAUUAUUAAUGUAUCUCAGCAAAACAAAAUGUAUUAAAGUGAUCGCAAUACAACAUGGAUUCACUUGCGGUCCCACAAAAGAAUUAUGGUAAAAAAGAAAAAAAUAUGUAUAAGGUUUUAGGAUUAAAAACAUGCUACGAAUAAUAUUGCUAUCGAGUGUAGGGUGUAUGUAUUCUUGUAAACAUGGAUGAAGAAAUACAAUAAUCAACACAAACUGGACUAAUAUUACAAAAAGCAUUGGUUGAUGGAGAAAUUUAAAUAUGCGAAGUUCGCCUUGCGUGAAUGUAAAAUGUGGUUGCUUUUGGAAGAUGAAUGCAAAUAAAGGAAAAUUUUAUAAAAAGACCUC